AUUAACUCGGUUUUUUGAAAAAGUGACUUAUGCCACUUUCAAAAUAAACGGCUCAUAUAUGUAUAUGGAAGCAUAUUUAUAGCGAUCUAAUGCCUUCAUCUUUGUACAAAAAUACAAACGUUUCAUUUCGAAAAUCCUCUACUCAAUUUUCUUCCUUGUGGGUUUCGGUUUUAAUUAUAAAGAGGAGAGUUCAAAUAGUUCGCGAAAUAGAAACUUCUCGACCUGUAACGUUAAAUGCGCUUACGGUUAGUUAGCGACCCAACACGAAGAAUCAACUUAAAGUUAGUUACAUGCUAUAUGCACGCUUAGAAGCAUCGAGAAAGAUCGAUUUUGUCGAGUACGACCAAAAUAGAACGGUCGCAAUUGAUAGCGACGCAUACCGUACCAAAAGUACAUACGAAUCCUUUACCAUUUUCUUACUCCUAUGCUAAACUUAUCCACAUUCGGUAUAAAUCUACAAUAAAUUACAUUUUUAUUCUUUAAUUAUCUCAUUCGUAAACGGAUAUUUAAUACAAAGAAAACAACGUAGCCUUUGAAAUGAAUAACGAUAUAUUGAAAUUUGAAAUGAUGAUACCAGAUAUAAACAAGACAAGAAACAUGAUACCAUUUUGAUUUAAAUUCUUAUUUAUUAUGAUAAUUUUCAAUUUGAAGUCUUGCAACUUAUCGACGAGCAGCGUCUUAUGAUUGCUGCUGCAAUAUGGAAGAAAAAGAAAAAGAGAAAUGUUAAAGAAAAAAAUAAUACAAAGUGCGUCUUUGAAGAAUAUUCGAUUGGAAGAUUCUCGUUAGCUCAUUUCCUUCACCCCCCUCGAGAGAAGAAAUCCGACGUGUUGAAUACAUAGAAUACGUUGCCGUUUGGACGGCCGGCGGCUCACCGUAUAAAUGAAGUGGAAAUAACAGCGCAGCCAGGCAGUUACUAACAGUCGCUCGAAAGUAAUAAAGAAAGUGUGACAACAGAAAGAAAUUCAUUUGAAAGUUAAUCGAUCCAUUGAAAUUUGAUAAAUUAAUCAAGAAGGCAGAAUGUCUCUGAUACCAUUAAUUUUUUCCAAUUGGUGGGAAGAUUUGGAACGUCCUCAUCGUCUUUUCGAUCAAAAUUUCGGACUCGGACUUCAUCCCAAUGAACUGCUGGAUCCAAUGGUUCAGGAAGAAUUUUUGCGGAUGCCAAACCUAGAGAGAAGAAUGAUGAAACCUUUAUUGUACUAUAGACCGUGGGCCGAAUUAUUGCGUAGAGGAAAAAACGUCGACGAUGGUACGUCAACGGUUAAGGCCGAUAAAGAUAAGUUCCAAGUGGUUUUGGAUGUAAAACAGUUCAAACCAGAUGAAAUAAACGUCAAGAUCACCGACAAAUAUGUCAUCGUUGAAGCCAAACAUGAAGAGCAAAAGGACGAACACGGUUGGAUUUCGAGACAGUUUACUAGAAAAUAUAUGAUUCCUGAACAAUGCGAUAUUGAUCAGGUAUCAUCUAGUUUAUCGUCGGACGGUGUUCUCAGUAUUAUCGCACCUAGAAAGGCCCAAAUAAUUAAAGAAAAGAAUGAGCGUACGAUAAAGAUUGAACAAACUGGUAAGCCGGCUAUUCUAGAGAAACAAGUAGAAAAGAAAGAAGAGAAGGAGGUAUCCAAGAAGGAGGAAUCCAAGAAGGAAGAACCAAAGAAAGAAGAACUCAAGAAGGAAGAAUCCAAGAAGGAAGAGCCCAAGAAAGUGGAAGUAAAAAAAAUGGAUGCAAAAAAAGAAGAAUGUAAGAAGGAAGAAUGUAAGAAAGAAGAUUGUAAGAAAGAAGAUAGUAAGAAAGAAGAAAGUAAGAAAGAAGAAUGUAAGAGAGAAGAAUGUAAGAGAGAAGAAUCUAAGAAAGAAAAGAAAUGAAAAUUUCAAUUUUUCUUAUUAGGAAUUACAUGUCGUUAUAUGUCGUUUUUCAUUUAUCGCUACUUUCAAUAUAUUACAUUUUUUCAUAAUCUUUCUACUUGUAAAUAAAGUUAAUAUCGAAUAAACGUACCUUAUUAACUCAAUUGCUGAAUUAUUUGUCUUCAAUUUUGUUUACAGAACAACAGACAAAAUAUUUUCUCUUAAUAAAUAUGAAAA